UUGAACCGGUAUUUAUCUUACUAAAACAAAGCAGACAGGAUCUGGGUUCCGAUUCUCUCGGAAUCUUGAUUCCAUUUGAACUGUUAAAAACAAGAAAAAAGACUCAAUUUUUGAACUGAAAAAGGGAGAAAGAAUUGUUGAAUCAGGAUGGAUUUGGAGGAUGAAUAUGAACCCCAAUACAAUGUUGACGAUGAUGAAGAGGAGAUAACCCAAGAAGAUGCUUGGGCUGUGAUUAGUGCUUACUUUGAAGAGAAGGGUCUUGUUCGUCAACAACUAGAUUCGUUUGAUGAGUUUAUUCAGAACACGAUGCAAGAAAUUGUUGAUGAAUCUGCUGAUAUAGAGAUCCGACCUGAGUCCCAGCAUAACCCUGGUCACCAAUCUGACUUUGCUGAGACUAUCUAUAAAAUCAAUUUUGGUCAGAUUUAUUUGAGUAAGCCAAUGAUGACAGAGUCAGAUGGUGAAACUGCUACCCUAUUUCCAAAGGCUGCAAGGUUGAGGAAUCUGACAUAUUCUGCUCCUUUGUAUGUGGAUGUCACGAAACGAGUCAUCAAGAAAGGACAUGAUGGUGAAGAAGUUACUGAAACUCAGGACUUCACAAAAGUCUUUAUUGGAAAGGUUCCUAUAAUGCUGCGGUCAAGUUACUGCACAUUAUAUCAAAAUUCUGAGAAAGAUCUAACAGAGCUUGGAGAAUGUCCAUUAGAUCAAGGCGGGUAUUUCAUUAUAAAUGGAAGUGAAAAGGUCUUAAUUGCUCAGGAGAAGAUGAGCACGAACCAUGUGUAUGUCUUUAAGAAGAGGCAACCUAACAAAUAUGCCUUCGUUGCGGAAGUCAGGUCAAUGGCAGAAUCUCAAAACCGCCCGCCAAGUACUAUGUUCGUGAGGAUGCUCUCAAGGACUAGCGCAAAAGGGGGUUCCUCGGGCCAAUACAUUCGAGCGACACUUCCAUAUAUCCGUACAGAGAUUCCUAUUAUCAUCGUGUUUCGAGCUCUAGGUUUUGUUGCUGAUAAGGAUAUAUUGGAACAUAUCUGUUAUGAUUUCAAUGAUACUCAAAUGAUGGAGUUGUUACGUCCGUCGUUGGAAGAAGCUUUUGUUAUUCAAAACCAACAGGUUGCUCUUGACUACAUCGGGAAAAGAGGGGCUACAGUUGGUGUUACAAGGGAAAAAAGGAUUAAGUAUGCCAAAGAGAUUCUUCAGAAAGAAAUGCUUCCUCAUGUUGGGGUUGGAGAGUAUUGUGAAACCAAGAAAGCUUAUUAUUUUGGGUAUAUCAUCCACCGGCUUUUGUUAUGUGCGCUUGGCCGAAGGGCUGAGGAUGAUAGGGAUCAUUAUGGAAAUAAGAGACUGGAUCUUGCUGGUCCUUUGCUUGGUGGGCUGUUUCGGAUGCUCUUUAGAAAGUUGACAAGGGAUGUUAGAGGCUAUGUGCAAAAGUGUGUUGACAAUGGAAAAGAUGUAAAUCUCCAAUUUGCAAUCAAAGCUAAGACCAUUACCAGUGGGCUGAAAUACUCUCUUGCUACUGGAAACUGGGGGCAAGCUAAUGCAGCGGGUACAAGGGCUGGUGUUUCGCAGGUGCUGAAUCGUCUGACUUAUGCCUCUACUUUGUCUCACUUGCGACGGUUGAAUUCCCCUAUUGGACGAGAAGGGAAACUGGCCAAACCAAGGCAAUUGCAUAAUUCACAGUGGGGAAUGAUGUGUCCUGCAGAAACACCAGAGGGCCAAGCAUGUGGGCUGGUGAAGAAUCUAGCUUUAAUGGUUUAUAUAACAGUUGGUUCAGCGGCAUAUCCAAUUUUGGAGUUUUUGGAAGAGUGGGGUACUGAGAACUUUGAGGAAAUUUCUCCUGCAGUUAUUCCACAGGCUACAAAGAUCUUUGUCAAUGGUACCUGGGUGGGAAUUCAUCGUGAUCCUGACAUGUUGGUGAGAACAUUGAGACGACUUAGGAGACGGGUUGACGUCAAUACUGAGGUUGGGGUGGUCCGUGAUAUCCGUUUGAAAGAACUUCGAAUUUAUACCGACUAUGGCAGGUGCAGUCGUCCAUUGUUUAUUGUGGAAAAGCAAAGGCUGAUGAUCAAGAAGAAGGAUAUUCAAACAUUGCAACAACGGGAAUCACCUGACGAGGGUGGCUGGCACGAUUUGGUGGCUAAGGGAUACAUUGAGUAUAUUGACACUGAAGAGGAAGAGACAACGAUGAUUAGCAUGACUAUAAAUGAUCUUGUGCAAGCACGCCUUAAUCCUGGCGACGCUUAUUCUGAUACCUAUACUCAUUGCGAAAUUCACCCAUCACUAAUAUUGGGUGUCUGUGCAUCAAUUAUUCCGUUUCCUGAUCAUAAUCAGUCUCCCCGUAAUACUUAUCAGUCAGCUAUGGGUAAGCAAGCCAUGGGGAUUUAUGUCACCAACUACCAAUUUCGGAUGGACACAUUGGCCUAUGUGCUUUAUUAUCCUCAGAAGCCUCUUGUCACAACACGAGCCAUGGAACACUUGCAUUUUAGGCAACUACCUGCGGGCAUCAACGCAAUUGUCGCCAUCUCCUGCUAUUCUGGAUACAAUCAAGAGGAUUCUGUCAUUAUGAAUCAGUCAUCGAUUGAUCGUGGGUUUUUCCGAUCUCUAUUUUUCCGUUCGUACAGGGACGAGGAGAAAAAGAUGGGGACAUUGGUCAAGGAGGACUUUGGACGUCCUGAUAGAGCUACUACUAUGGGUAUGCGCCAUGGUUCGUACGAUAAGUUGGAUGACGAUGGUCUUGCCCCUCCAGGAACUAGAGUUUCUGGUGAGGAUGUUAUCAUUGGGAAGACAACUCCCAUUUCUCAGGAUGAUGCGCAAGGGCAAGCCUCUCGCUAUACGAGGAAAGAUCACAGUACCAGUCUUCGCCAUAGUGAAACUGGAAUGGUGGAUCAGGUUCUAUUAACAACAAAUGCUGACGGGCUCAGAUUUGUUAAAGUGAGGGUCAGAUCAGUCCGUAUUCCUCAAAUUGGGGACAAGUUUAGCAGUAGACAUGGUCAGAAGGGAACAGUCGGCAUGACAUAUACACAAGAAGAUAUGCCAUGGACCGUGGAAGGCAUUAGUCCUGAUAUUAUUGUGAAUCCUCAUGCUAUUCCUUCUCGAAUGACUAUUGGUCAGCUGAUUGAAUGUAUUAUGGGGAAGGUUGCUGCACACAUGGGAAAAGAAGGUGAUGCCACUCCCUUUACAGAUGUUACUGUCGAUAACAUCAGCAAAGCUCUGCAUAAAUGUGGUUACCAGAUGCGUGGUUUUGAGACCAUGUACAAUGGUCAUACUGGGCGGCGGCUUAGUGCAAUGAUAUUCCUUGGUCCCACGUACUACCAGCGCCUGAAGCAUAUGGUUGAUGACAAGAUUCAUUCUAGAGGCAGAGGCCCUGUGCAAAUCCUCACAAGGCAGCCUGCGGAAGGUCGGUCACGUGAUGGUGGUCUUCGUUUUGGAGAGAUGGAGCGAGAUUGUAUGAUUGCUCACGGUGCUGCUCAUUUUCUCAAGGAGCGGUUAUUUGACCAAAGCGAUGCAUACAGAGUUCACGUUUGUGAGCGCUGUGGGCUGAUAGCCAUUGCCAACCUCAAGAAGAAUUCUUUCGAAUGCAGAGGUUGCAAGAACAAAACUGAUAUCGUCCAGGUUCACAUUCCCUAUGCAUGCAAAUUGCUUUUCCAGGAGCUAAUGGCUAUGGCUAUAGCUCCAAGAAUGCUUACAAAGGAUGUCAAGCUAGCCAAAGAUCAAAAGAAGAAAGCAGCUUGAUUAAUUUA